AUGGAGAAAUCCUGGGUAGGCACGUGGAGACCUCAUCCCCGAAGGGGUCCAAUCCUUGCAGAGUUCAGCACCCCAGGUCCCAAGUAUGGCCUUCCUGGGACAACAGGUCACCCAGGUCAUGAUCCCACCAUGGCAAGAGCUCCUGCAUACUCAUUUCGAGGGACCAAAUGUCCUAGUGCAGAGACCUGCUCACCAGGUCCUCGAUACUUCAUUGAUUCAUCCAUCACCAAGACUGGGAAGUAUGUUUCUCCAUCGGCACAUGUGAUGGGACGAUACAAGACCAAGAGUGACAUCACCCCAGGACCCAGUGACUACACCACAGAGCCUGCUAACAAACAUGUCUACCACACUGCACCAGUGCGGAGCCUGAUGUCCCGGCCCAAGGACAUAAAAGGUUUCCAAACGCCAGGUCCUGCCGCCUAUACCCUGCCUAGGAUUCUGGGACCCCGCACAGCGUACACCCAUGCCGAACCAUGCUACUCCAUGAGAUGGAAGAGUCAAUACCAGAGCUGUUUUCAAGACUUGGCAAAGUACACAAUGGGACUAAAAACCGAACCUGUUGACAAGGGUAUAGGUCCAGGUCCAGCAGAAUACAGUCCUGGAAAGUUGUCAGUGACCAAGACCCGGGAUCCUGCUUUCAGUUUUGGAAUUCGACAUUCUGUCUACAAAGCUUCUUUAAUACCUGAAACACAUCCUGAUUAAAGACAGAUAGCCUGCA